AUGGAUACGGACGCUGCUGAACCCCUUGAUUAUGAAGACAUGGUUGGUGUUGGUGGAUCACACACCAACGAGAUGAUGCGGCGGGAGGAGAGAAGUGAAAAGCUUGAACAGACCUGUCGUGAGGAGCUUAUUACUCCAGAUCGGAUCAUAUCCGUCAAGGAACGGGACCCAAAUGUGUGUCUCAUGCAGACAGCAGGCAGAGGCCUCCAAACAGCACCUCAAUUCAAGUUGGAAGAGCUCCGAAAACCUGAACCAAAAGUCAAGGCAGAGGAAAUCGAGGACCUGAACCUAAUCAAAAUGGAAUAA